CAGGAUGCUGUGCUGCGGGCUCCUGACCCUCGUCCUCAGCUGGGCCUCCGUGGCCCUGGACACGGCGGCGGCGGUGGGCACCAGCGACUUCUGCGUGGCCCCGGACAAGUUCAUCAUGAACCAGACGGAGAGCGAGAUCAGCGCGGAGGUGGUUCACUACUACCUGUACUGCGAGCAGAGCCUGAGCAACCCCUUCCAGCAGGCUCUCACCGUCUUCCAGCGCUCGCUCACCACCAUGCAGAUCCAGACCCAGGGCCUGAUACAGUUCGCGCUGCCCCUCUUCCCCACGGCUGAGAAAGACCUCCUGGGGGUCCAGCAGCUCCUCAACGCCUCGGAGACCGGCCUGCACCAGCUCACGGCCAUGCUGGACUGCCGGGGUCUGCACAAGGACUACCUGGACGCCCUCAUCGGCAUCUGCUACGACGGGGUGGAAGGGCUGCUCUACCUCGUCCUCUUCUCCCUGCUGGUGGCCGCCUCCUUCUCCACCAUCAUCUGUGCCACGCCGCGCGCCUGGAAGCACUUUGCGGGCAGGGACCGGGACUACGACGACAUGGACGAGGAAGACCCCUUCAACCCGCAGGCGCGCCGCAUCGCCGCCCACCACCCGGCGCGGGGGCAGCUCCGCAGCUUCUGCAGCUACAGCAGCAGCCUGGGCAGCCAGAGCAGCCUGCACCCCCCCGCCCAGACCAUCUCCAACGCCCCCGUCUCCGAGUACAUGAACCAAGCCGUGCUCUUCGGUGGGAACCCCCGCUACGAGAACGUGCCCCUGAUCGGCAGGGGCUCUCCCCCCCCCACGUACUCCCCGAGCAUGCGAGCCACCUACCUGUCCGUCACCGAUGAGCACGUCAGGCCCUUCAACACCGAGUUCCCAGCCUAGCGUGCUGGCCCCGAGCAGCUCGUGGGAGGAGAAGAAGCCCCCGGCGCUCCCGUGAUGGAAACCAAAGACCCCCGGCUCCCCGCGGCGCGGGUCCGGGGCAGCCCCCCGGGAGAGGCGGACGAGCCGUGGCCGCCGGAGCCCCUCACACCCCGCUCUCCUCCCUCGGCAGCUUCUGCUGGCUCUCACGUCUUCCUGCCUGCCUUACGGGACGCUUCCCGGCACUAACAGCAGGUCUCCGGCCGGCAGCGGGGCUGCUGCUGCGCCGCCAGAGCUGGGGAUGGAUCGUGCCCACCGCCUCCUCCCUCUUCCCACCCGUGCCAGCUCGGGGUUUUCAUGCCACGGACGGGGGCCACGUCUGGCUUCCUUUUUCUGGAGGGCAAACACCGGGGCCGUGGGCUGCCUGCCCCGUGCACGGGGUCCCGGCCGACGGCUCCUUCCCACCCCCGUAGCAAUGCAGACCCGACCACUAGUGAUCCCAGCGCCUUCCCCGCGUCCCCGUGCUGCCCCCCGGCCCUGGGUACGGGGGUGUAGGAAGGGGAUGUUUUGGCCUCGCUGUUUUUCCUUUGCUUUGUGUCUGGGUUUUACGAGUUCCCCGCAGGGCAGAGGUGCGGCGCAGCUCGCUGCCUCUGCUCCAGCCUGGUUUUACUGCGGCACACGGCGCACGGAGGGGCUCUUCCUGGCAGUUCUGCUGUGGGCUCUUCCUGGCAGUUCUGCUCCCCCGGGGCAGGCUCCCCUCUUUCCUGCAGGAUGGCUCUGGGGUAACCACAAACCCCCUGGAGAGGUUUAGGGACUACUCAGGCAUCCCCGGAGCAGGAUUCGGCCCCACGGCUGGCUGUGCCAAGAGGGAAGGACGUGUCCCUGCUGUCCUGCCUGGCAUUGCCAGGGCUUCGGGCUCAGCAAGGGCACAGCUCUUGGGACGGAGCCAGGGGAGAACCAGCGUGAGCUGAACCAGCUCCUUUGUGGCUGCUCAUUUUGGCGUGGGCUGCCCCAGGAACCUCCGGACCCCUGUGCUGCUGGCGUUGGUCGUCCGUCCUUCCCUGUUCCCUGCUCUGCUUUACGCUGAGCUGGCAGCACCGCAGCCAGGGCUGUCCGCGGGGCAAGCAGAGCCCUGCUGGGUUAUUACUUGAUGGCAGUGACUCACUGUGUCUUUUUAAGAUAACUUGUACAUAUCCUCUUAUCCCCUAACGUCGCCUGCCCGUGUUACGUGUGACUAGCAUUACGUGCUGUUGGAACUUCCCGUUUUAUUUUUAUUUUUAUUUUUGCUUUUGAUGUUUUGAUGUAACGGUACUGGUAGCAGAGCUGUUUUUCAACGCAUGUGAACUAACCUCCUGAGGACUCCUGCUAGGAGGAGCGGGAGUCCUGCCUGAUUUGUAUGUGCCCUUGAGGGGGAAAGACAAUAAACACUUGUACUAAA